AUGAUAACAGCAUCAACAAUUUAUGAUGUUGGUAAUGAUGGAGCUAGUGAUGAUCCACCUUGUUUAUCAUACACAGUUGUCAAUGAUCCUUCGCGUAAUAUAGCAACAUGUGGAGCAGGUGGUAUAUACGAUAAUGGUUCCUUAUUCAAUAAAAGUAUUGGUGGUAGAUGGAUUAGAUUUGUCGGUACAGGCGGUACUAUAAUUCCUCUGACAUCACCUGGAGCAAAUCAUUGUGGUGCUUUUCGAACAGGAUGGUUCAAUGGAACAUUACCAUCAAUAGUAGGAACAAUAGUUAGUGGCGAUGUAUGUUUUGAGACAGGUGGCUUAAUAUGUCUGACCUUGGUCCCUGUUUCAGUUGUCAAUUGUAACAGUUUUUAUGUUUAUUUUUUGCCACCUAUGAUUAUCUGUAAUUCACGUUAUUGCACAAUAUGA